GCCUACACUCCAAAGAAUCAUUUUUCAAUAGAGAAAAAACAAUGCUUGUAAGCACUCCCAUGUUCUUUCUGGAUAUGCAAUCUUUUUAAUUAGUGAAAUAUAUAUGGUGUGGUUGGCUUUUGCCAUUGCUUGCCUUGUGGAGUAAUUCAGAAUCCAGAUUGGAAAAUUCUGGGAGAUCUUUGGUUGAGAUCUGGUCAGACCUUGCCCUUUCUGUGUUUGUGGAUUUUAUUUUGGUGGGUCUUCUUAGUUCUUUCCAUACAAACUUCCUUCAUAUACACAACCCCACAAAGGAGCCACCUUUUUCUCCCCAUAUUCUCUGUGUUGUGUUCUUCUUUCAAGAUUGAGGAAUUGGAGCAAUGGGCAUGGCAGCUGCAGAGUCACAGUUUCAUGUUCUGGCUGUUGAUGAUAGCAUCAUAGAUAGGAAGCUCAUAGAGAGGCUCUUCAAAACCUCCUCUUGUCAAGUUACUACAGUGGAUUCUGGUAGCAAGGCUUUAGAAUUUCUGGGUUUACAUGAACAUGAUGAGAACAACACAAACCAUCCAUCUGUUCUAUCCAACCAUCCCCAGGAAGUAGAAGUGAACCUUGUAAUUACAGACUACUGCAUGCCUGGGAUGACAGGCUAUGAUCUACUCAAGAAAAUUAAGGAAUCUUCAUAUCUGAGAAACAUACCUGUAGUCAUUAUGUCAUCUGAGAAUGUUCCUUCAAGAAUCAGUAGAUGUUUAGAAGAAGGAGCUGAGGAAUUCUUCCUCAAGCCUGUGAGGUUAUCAGAUGUAAAUAAGCUUAGACCUCAUAUGAUGAAAACCAAAUCUAAGAAGCCCGAAAACAAUGCCCCGGACAGCCAAGAACCAUCACCAGAACAAGAAUGUGCUGUAGAAGAUGUGAAAUUGCAGCCACAAAACCCGAAACCACAGGCACAGACAGAAGAGCUACAACCAGUGAUGAAUAGCGAUGAAGACACGAGGAAGGGCAUGGAAGAAAGCCUUUCACCGGGAAGAACAAGAACGAGACAAGAACCGCAAGGGCGGGGAGAAGAGCAACAGCCAGUGGCGAAUAGUAAUGAAAACAAGAGGAAGGCCAUGGAAGAAAGGGUUUCACCAGAUAGAACAAGACCAAGAUACAAUGGUCUCACUCACUGCUGUCUCUAACCUAUGAUCAUCUUCAAUUCUCUGGGCACUUCACUUACAAGUUUUAAUUACAACCCUUUUUUCCUUUUUCUCCCUUGUUUUAGUUAAUAGAUGGGAA